AUGAAGCUCCUGCUCCUGGUCUUUGCAUCCUUUGGAUUCCUGGUGAUUCCAGCCAGCGGGGGCGGGGCAAGGUGCACGCACAAGUUCCCGGGACGCUGCAAGAUGUCCUGCGACUCCCUGGAAAGAUCCAUAUUCAUGUGCGACAGGUACAAACUGUGCUGUGUCAAAGACCCCUUAAGGACCAUCGCACCACCUCCUGUCCACAAAGCUCAGAACCGCUGCAGAAAAACUACAAAAAGACAAAAUGAGGAGCAUCAAAUGGGUAUACCACCAAAACCACUGUCAUUUCCAAGUAUUCAACAUAACUACCGUACCCCUAUAAAAGGUUGA